ACCUUUUUCCAAAGGAAUAUUUGCAGUCGCGCGUCCAGGAUUUUCAAAAACUAGAUAAAGCUGACCGCGCGAUUUUACAAACCAAUAUUAUUGACUAGCGCAAGCGCCGUUAAAGAAGACGAUGACGAGGUGAUUGGCUGCCUUUCAGAGAUUGUGCAGCUAGCAUUAAAAGUGGUUGGUGCGCUCCAGGGACGGCCAUUGUGCAGUAAAAGUGAUUACGUUUCAACAGGACGAGAACACAGUGUCCUCCAAGCCGUUGGUGGUUUAUGACAAUAUCAAGAUGUCAUCUCCGAGUGCAGGCAAACGGCGGAUGGACACAGACGUUAUAAAAUUGAUUGAGAGUAAACAUGAGGUCACCAUCCUGGGGGGACUUAAUGACUUUUCAGUGAAGUUCUAUGGACCCAAAAGUACGCCAUACGAGGGUGGAGUUUGGAAAGUUAGAGUCCAUUUGCCAGAGCAUUACCCAUUUAAAUCGCCUAGUAUAGGUUUUAUGAAUAGGGUCUACCAUCCCAAUAUAGACGAAGUGUCUGGAACAGUAUGUUUGGAUGUUAUAAAUCAGGCGUGGACCGCACUUUAUGACUUAUCGAAUAUUUUUGAAUCUUUUCUACCACAAUUAUUGACUUAUCCAAAUCCAAUAGACCCAUUAAAUGGAGAUGCGGCUGCUAUGUACCUGCACAAGCCGGAAGAAUACAAGAAGAAAGUGUCAGAGUAUGUUAAAAAGUAUGCGACGGAAGAAGCGUUAAGGGGGCAGGAGAACAAUGUGAGUUCAGACAGUGAAUCGAGUAUGUCCGACUUCUCCGAAAACGAAGCCGAGGAUAUGGAGUUAUAACCCAAAUUCAGUUGCGAACAGUAUACUUAUCCCUUCACCCAUUGGCAGACUCCAAAAUAAUGUGACAAACAUCCAAGCUUCGUGGUUUCAUCUAAUUAAUACAAAUCUCUAAAUGUCUUAAGUUUUAUAAAAACUGUCAUAACUCGAAAAAAAGAAAAACCAAAAUAUACGGUCGGGGGGAAGGGGUCGCUAACUUUUAUAUAUCGAUAUAUAUAUAUAUCUAUAUUUCUAUAUACCAUACAAAACAUACAUAUAUUUCUAUACGUGUAUUAAUUUAUUUUUUUAUUUGGGACAAUAUUGAAUAACAGCAUCAUAAAUUUGGGAGAAAAGACAAACAAUAAGGCGACAGGGAAGAAAUAUUCAUUAGAGUUACACACUGCGGGAAAUAAAAAGAGUUAUAGUUUUGUAACGCGGUUAUCACAGUUUUUAUAAGUACAAAUGUAUGUUCCCAAUCUGUAAUCUCUAAAUGAGUGUACUCGUAGCGGUACUCAAGAGUAAUUGUAUUUUGAAAAAUUCAAUCUCUGACUUUUUGGCGAACAUUUUCGAUGUUACUUCUUACAAUUCUAGCAUGUAAGUAAGAUAAAUAUUUAUUUAUUACGAUCUUAGUUUGUAGUGUGCAAUAACUGUGUUUGUUUUACUUUAAUUUCUCAUUUCUGUUUCAACAGUUGUUUACAUUAGUCGAUUUGUUCUCUCCAAUUGUUUUAUUAUUAAUUUUCUAAUGUUAUCAUAUUCUUAUCACUACUUUUACUUAAUUUUUAUUCGAGGUAUUCAUCUUGUGUUCGGCCUCCGGUCGACGGUAGAUCUUCAUUUUUAGCCAAUUACAAAUCAACACAUCACGUACACAUUUACUUUGAUUAAUGUAUUCUAAUUAUAAAUAUUAAUUGAUUAAGGAUAAUAUCAUAUUAGAUAUAUAUGGAAACAAAUAUUAUAUAUUAUAUAAAGAAAUUUAAAAAAUAUAUAUAUACUAAUUUGUGCGUACAUAAAUACACAGAUUAUUAUUCCUCAUAAAUAUAGUUUCUCUACGUCGAAUUUUUCUGUUUAUUUACGUGCGUACGAUCUUAUUAUAAUGCGUUUAAUGAAUAAAUGUUUCUUUUUGUAUUGAUGGA